UGGCAGCUUCAGUGGAUGCCUUUUAGUAAAAGUGGCCUAGGGCCUGGAGAGAAGGCCCAGCAGCUGAGCACUUGCAGCUCUCCCAAAGGAUCCAGCCUCCAUCCCUCAGCUAAAGGUGGGACUUCAUGAGCCCCUCCCGCAUCCAUGCUAGGAGUUUGGUUGGUGUGGUCCUGUGCAGGCCUUGUGAGUGCAGUCACAGCAGCUGUGAGUUACUUACAACCCUGUCUUGUCUGGCAAAUACUGUUUGAUACAGACAUCCUCCCCUCUGGCUCUCACUGCCUGCUUCCUACGUGGGAAGCACGCCACCACACUCCCCAAAGGCCUUGCCUCUUAAAAGUCCACCACCUCCUAAGUUCACAGAGAGCCAGACUUCCAGCACACAGCCUUUCUAGCCACAGGCUUUAGCCAGACUGUGGCACACAUCCAGCUAGGAUGAACCACUGUAAGAGAAGGGAAAAAUCAGCUAAGGAAGCCAGACAUGAUGGAGCACGCCUUUAAUCCCAGCACUCAGGAGGCAGAUGGACAGAUCUCUGAGUUGAGGCCAGGGCUACACAGAAACUCUGUCAGCGGUUGGGGGCGCAUGGAGUUAAUAGCGUGAGCAAGGGAACAUAAGGAAAGUGGGCAGACGCUUCCAGAAUCCUCUGCCAAAGCAGUCACAUACCAUGCGCUUCACCCCACAUGAACAGACUGCCAACAUGGGAAGGGGUGAUCUGCCAGGUAAGGGCAGUGUCUGUCUGCACCCAGGUUUCUAUGGGGGCAAUCAUGGAGACUCCCAUGUGGUGACGGCAGGACUCCCUCCUCCCAGUGAGCAUGUGCAUGCUUAACACAGACCAUUGUGUGUGUGCAGGUAGUUAGCACCACACUGAGCCAUCCAGAUAAGGGUUUGUUUGGAUUUGCUUUUUGUGGUUUUUGACCGAGGAUCAUUAUGAAGCCCAGGCUGCUCUAGAAUCCUGCAGCAGUCCUGACAGCCUCUGGGUGCUGGGAUGACAGGCAGUCUUCACCUAACCCUGCUAUCUUUGUUCUGAGCCCUUAACAUGUCAUGGGUAAGAGGAGGCUGCCGGCUCAGAUCUCAGGCCACCACUCCCUAUGUGGGCCAUGGAGGGAUUCCCAGCUCCCACCUCACAGGACAGUAGGGAGAGCCGGGAAGAUGAGGUGGGGUGAGGCUGCAAAGGAGAGGUGAACGAUGGCUACAGAGGCACACUAAGCCUUCCUACAGGGGUUACGAACACUUACUGCUCUUGCAGGGGCCCCUGGUUCUAGUUCCGCCACCCACCCGGUGGCUCACCACCAUCCUUAACUCCAGUCCCAGAGGACUGGCAAAUCUGGGCUCUAACAGUAGGCACACAUAUGGUGCACAGACACACAUGCUAGCCAAACACCCAUACACAUAAAAAGUAACAUCCUAUAUGCAUCAUAAUUGACAUCCCUGUAGUUUUUUUUUUUUUUUUAAGAUGUAUUUAUUAUGUAUGCACUCUUCUUCCUGCAGGCCAGAAGAGGGCACCAGAUCUCACUACAGAGGGUUGGGAGCCACCAUGUGGUUGCUGGGAAUUGAACUCAGGACCUCUGAAAGAACAGCCAGUGCUCUUAACCACUGAGCCACUCUCCAGCCCAACAUCCCUGUAGUAUUAUCUGGCCCUCAGAAGGAACUCUGAACAUCUGGUCCUGCCAGACAUAUGCGGUCUGGGUUCCACAUCAGCAUUCACAGAGCAGGGUUCAAGGCCAAGGUUUGGUACCCAGAGUCUUCCGGGAAUAAUAAUAGUGUGUGUCUUUGAGCAGAGAGAUGCUUUUCAAUGUAACAUGAGGGUCAUGACAACAAAAAGAUCGCAGAUAAAAAUGGCAUUAGGGGCAGAGUGUGGGAGCCAAGCUGGUCUUCCCCAGCACUGGAGAAGUUAGGACCGGAGGGAGAAGGGUGUGAGGCCAGUGUGGACUAUUUACGGGGUUGGGGAAGGUUUUUUUGGGGGGAGGGGCUUUUUAACUUUAUUUUUCUGUGUUUGUUUUGCCUGCCUGUAUGUCUGUGCACCACAUUCAUGCCCGGUGCCCAUGGAGGCCAGAAGAUGCAUCGAAUGAAUCCCCUGGAGCCAGAGUUACAAGUGAGCCACCAUGUGGAUCCUUGGAACGAAAUCCUGGUAUUCAAGCAAGGGCAGCCAGUGGUCCUAACCAUUGAGCCAUCUCUCCAGGACUUGGGCAGGUUUUUAACACAAUCACAGACUUAAAAUAUCUUCCCCAAAGUCAAGUUUAGAGUAUGUUUUAUUGCUCAGUCCCCAUGAGCAGUCACUACUUCCUGUUGCCCCCCUUGUGAGCUGCCCCAGGUAGCGUGUCUUCUGUCUGUGCGUUUGCCUGCUCUGGCUGUAUGCCAAUUGUAACGACACACACCCUUCUUCUGUGCCUGGCCGCUGUUGCUCAGCAACAACUUCUGGUGUUUUGUUUUGUUGAGACAGGGUCUCAUUGUGUAGCCCUAGCUGGCCUGUUCUUGAUAUGUAGACCAGGCUGGCCUUGGAUUAACUGAUGUCUACCUGCUUCUGCUUCCCAAGGGCUGCCAUUCAAGGCCAGGGCCAUCAUACCCAGCAGCAGCAAGUUAUUAGUUUAUACAAGUUAUAGCCUGCGGCAGAACUUUCCUCUUUCCAAUGUGUGGUGCCAUGUUUUGAGUGUGUCUUCCAAGGUUCCUAGGCUCACAGCUCAAGCCCAAUGUAGUAGUAGAUCCUUUUUUUUUUAACUUAAAAAAUAUAUUUUUUUCUGUGUGUAUAUGUGUUCAGAAGUCAGAAGACAGCUUGUAGGAGGAGUCACUGUGUGAUUCCUAGGGACCAAACUCAGGUAUCAUGCUCGGCAGCAAGUGCAGUUACCCCCUGAGCCAUCCUAUCCCCUGCCCACCCUCCCUUUUUUGAGAUAGGAUACAGCCCAGACUGUAUCUAGCUUUACUCCUGCCUCGACCUCUCCAAGUAGCUGGGAUGAGAGGUACGCCAUCAUUUCUUCUGCCUCAGCCCUGACAUCCAGUAUGGUACCUGCACAGAACUCAAGCCCAGCCAACGUUUGUGAAAUGAAUGAAUGAACAAGGGAAGGAGUAGAAGCAGAUGCCCUAGGCAGAGAGAAGUAUAAAAUGGCGGCUCUGCCCCUUCCCUGUCUGCCCCCUGUCCCGAGUCUGUGACCCAAACGGAUGUGGUUUGGCUGCAGCUACCUACCCUGAGGAUGGUCCACUCCAGCUCACCCUAUGAGGUCAACGAAAGAAGCUGACACAGAGGGAGAGGGACCUCAGGGUCCCCGUUACCUUCCAUCAGGCAUCCCUGUUUACACUGCCUUGGUGGCCACCACGGCCCCCUUCCUUCCUCUGGGAGCUGUGUGUCCGUUUGUGAACCACAGACAUGGCGGGUGGGGGAAUUCUACUUUAACUGCUGACAGGAAGAUGUUAUCCUGUGGAAGACCGCAGCCCAAGAGCUAAGCUGAAACAGCUCAUGUUCUCCGAGACUGAGCCCCAUGCACAUAAGAACCGCGAAGACCUGACUGUCCAGAUGACACUACUUCUGGACUCUUCUGUCCUUCACCAGAGAAGCUGGGGACCAGGCCAGAGCAAGCAAGUGUGAGGAGGAUCAGAGAGGUCAAGGGCGUUGGCCCAGCCAGUGAAAUUAGAGCCCAUCUCACCUGGAGCCAAGUCAAAAGGCACCAAAUUAAGUCAUAAUAAUCGCCCGGAUAAACUGACUCAGCUGAGCCCCUGGGCCCUUUGCUUGAGUGGGUCUAUCAUGGGGCCAACCCUGGUUUCCUUCUCUGUUUUCCUUUGUCAGCCCAAAGACUCCCAAGCCCACACCACCCUGGGAAGAGCUGUGUGUGUGUGUGUGUGUGUGUGUGUGUGUGUGUGUGUGUGUGUGUGUGUGUGUGUGUGUAAGGCUCCCAGCUCCAUCCUAGAAGGUGUCAACUUCCAGAUGCCCUGGAGAGGAGGAAGUAGCUUUGCCACCUGGUGUGGAGUAUGUGUGUGUGUGUGUAAAAGGCUCCCAGCUCCAUCCUAGAAGGUGUCAACUUCCAGAUGCCCUGGAGAGGAGGAAGUAGCUUUGCCACCUGGUGCGGAGCCAAGAGAUGCUGAGGCAGGCUGUUCACAGCCAAGUCAGCUUUGCCUGUUAGGCACAGGGACACAUCACCCAGGACCCAGGGUAUGCACAGGAGUCCCCACACAAUGUUUUAGUUCAUUUUAAAAUCAGAGAGAAGUCAGGCAUGGACUGGACCUGCAGCUCAGUUAGCAAGGUGCUCGCCUAUGAUGAUGAAGCGCUGGGUCCCAUAGUCACGCCUACGAUCCCAGCACUCCAGAGGUGGAAGCAACAAGAGCAGGGCUUCGCAGCAGCCUCAGCCUCAGUUUAAUGGGUUCCAGGCCAGCCAGGGCUCCACGAGACCCUGUCCUAGAAAAAACAAACAAACAAACAAGAUAAAAUAAAUGGACGUUCUGGUUUUGUUUUCUUUGGAUUUUGAGUUUGAGUCUCCCUAUGUAUCCCAGGCUAACCUGGAAACCCAAAUCCUCCUGCCUCAGGCUUCUAAAUGCUGGGAUUAUAAACCUGAGCCAUCAUGCUUUUUAUGGUCUGAAGGCAACAGAGAAUGUCAUUUCAAGAGUGUUUUGCAAAGGAAGGCAAGACAGAGCUGUGUGUGCAGUCUGUCCUUCAAUGUCUCUCCAACCUCAGGGCCUUUGCACAUACUGUUCUCUGUCUACACACUCUUCCUGCACUCCAUACCCACUGAGCAGUCUACUUGCCCCCUUUCACUUUCUGACUGCCACACCCCCAUUUCCUGACAGAUGAUUACCUCGGGGCUGCAAUAAGGGCAGGAAACGCAGCUCAGCUGGCAGAGUGCUUGUCUAGCAAGCUUGAAGUUCUGGGUUCCAUCGCCAGCACCGCAUAAUCUUGGCAUGAUGGUACAGGCCUGCCAGCACUCAGGAGGUGGAGGCAGGAGGAUCGGGAGUUCAAGGGCAUCCUCAGCUACAUAGUAAAUUCCAGGUUAGCCUGAGCUACAUGAGACUGUCUCAAAAGGGAAGGAGGGGCUGCAGCUGUCUCAGGGGACCCAUGGAGCUGGUAGCAAAUAGGUACUGAGCAAACCCUUGGCAGGAGCCAGUAUCAGCUUCAGCUACAGAUACAAGCCCUGAGCUUGGUCCCGCCCUUAUUCACCUGCUGGAGGAAACAGGAACUGCCUGGGGCUGCCCGCCCUGCCCCUCUGACGUGCAGACCCUGAAGUGAAACUUAGGCUCCAGCGGCAGCUCAAGAGCCCUGCGGAACACAGCCUAGACUCUCCAAGACCAUGUCCAUUAUGUCAUCAGCCCACAAAGCCCUGCGGUACCCUGAGUGUAAAUCAACCAACAUGAGUGUGAAUUAACAGCACACAGGAGGAGCUGUCACCUAAGGAGGUGACCAUCUUCCUUGGAUGCCAUGGCAGAAGCCAGGAAGCUGCCCCCACCACUGCCCCCUCGGCUGGACUGGUUUGUGCACACCCAAGCGGACCCACUGGUCCAAUACGGGAUCCCGGAGUGGUUCCACGGCACCAUCUCUCGAGAAGCUGCUGAGAACCUGCUGGAGUCACAACCUCUGGGGACCUUUCUCAUCCGAGUCAGCCACAGCCAUGUGGGCUACACCCUUUCCUACAAAGCCCAGACCUGCUGCCGUCACUUCAUGGUGAAGCUCUCGGACGAUGGGACUUUCAUCCUUGCUGGGGACCACGUAACCCACGCCUCUCUGGAUGCCCUGGUCACUUUCCACCAGCAGAAACCCAUUCGGCCAUACAGGGAGCUGCUGACGCAAGCCUGUGGGCAGAAGGAUCCAGCAAACGUGGACUACGAAGAUCUCUUCCUGUACUCUAAUGCCCUCGCUCAGGAUGCUGAAAGCCGAGGUGGUGGCCCCACGGAUGUUCAGAGGCCUUCUUCCUGCCCUCCUGAAGAGUUCCAGGCUCCUAAAAGGAAGCUUUCUGCAGCAACUGAUGGAAAGCUUGCAUCAGCCCCCUGCUCCCCAAAAGCACUUUUUGGAGAGGCGCGACAGAGACUGUGGAAGAACCUGAGGACGCUGCCAGACACCAGCCGGAGGGUGAAACAGAGGCUCACUUCGCACCUGUCGGCCACGAACCUGCUCGGGGACAUCAGGCGUGUGGCGCAGCAUCGCAGCCCUGUGACACGAGCAUCCAGCUGGGACAGCUCUCGCCACUCCGCGGACCCCUGUGCAGCCACCUCUCUCCAGAACCCCUCAGAGCCCCAGGCCUGGAGAGGCGGGGAAGCCACCUUCACAGCCUCUAGGCCUGCCAGCUGGAGGGAGGCAGUCUCAGGGGUCAAGGCCUGGCGUGGGAAGGUGGUGAGGGCCCUGUCGGUCCAGGCAACCAAGCCAGACCCUGUAGACUUGCCAGAAGCCCAGGACUGGCUACCCGAGGAAUACCUCCCACCACCACCUUUCGCCCCUGGGUACUGACAGCGCCCCCUCUAUCUUGGGCACCGGCCUCUUCUUUCCAGUCCCCACCCCUGUCCUCACAACCAGAGAGCUGUGUUAAAGAGGUUACGGGGCUGAAUUCUGCAGUUGCCAGCAGAGGGACCUGAUUAUUCUAACAAUAAUAGAAGUACCUCUUUAGGGACUCGGGUGAGAUAGCCCAGCAGUAAGAGGGUAAAGGCGUUUGCAGGCAAGCGUGACUACCUGAGUUCGAUCCCCGGUACUCACAUGAUGGAGGGUGAGCCCCAACUCCUGACAGUUGCCCUCCGACCUCCACAUACAUGUGUUGAUAUACACACGCAGUAAAUAUAACUUUAAAAAUAAUUACCGCAGUGACUUGGUGGGCAGAGCACAUGCCAGGCCUGUAUCCCAACCUCUCUGAUCAUGGGUUAGCCAUCUGUAUCCAUGGGCUCCACAUUUCACAUUCAGCUACAUUAGCUUAUUUAGUGAAUUUCAGACCAGUGUUUAAAAAAAAAAAAUCAGAGCAGGCAAGAUGACUCCAGUAAAGGCACUUGCAGCUAAGCCUGAGGAUCUGGGUUUGAGCCCCAGGACCCAUAGUGGAAGGAGAGAUCUGAUUCCUAUAAGCUGUCCUCUGACCUCCACACAUGUGCCCCUGUCCGUGCCAACAAAUAAUAUAAAAAAAUUGAAAGCCAACGUGGACACCCUUUGAGGAACAACAGCCAAAAUUGUCCCCUGACAUCUGCCUGCACGAGAACACACAUGAGCACACGCACACCCCAAAAAAAACCCACAAAGGCAUCUGUGCAGAGUGAGGGUUGGCAGUGGCCUCCGAAGGCAUUCCUACAUUAAAGUGCUGUGUGAUCUUUGAUGAACAUAGACCUCUCUGGGCCCAUUUCUUCACUUGGGAGAUGGGGAAGACAGCAGGUCCCUUCUCAGGAGGGACAUAUAGAAAAGAGGCAGGGAGGAUGGGCUUCUAUCACCACCAUCAUCACCAUCAUCAUCGAGAUAGGGUCUCAUUAUGUAUUCCUGGCUGUGCCAGAAGUGACGGAGAUCCACCCGCCUCUGCCUCCUGAGUGACAAGGUUAAAGUUGUACCACACCAGGCCUGUCCCGUUUUCAUUUUAUUGUUUCUGUUUUGUUUGAGAUAAGGUCUCUCUGUGUACCCCUGGCUGUCCCGGAACUCACUCUGUAGACCAGGCUGGCCUUGAACUCACAGAGAUCCGCCUGCCUUUGCCUCCUAAGUGCUGGGAUUAAAGGCGUGCGCUACCACCAACCGGCUAGAACUAUUUUCAUUUUUAAAUGUGUAUAUGUGGUUAUGUGUGUGCACAUAAGUGCAGUUGCCCAUGGUGGCCAGAAGGUGGCAUCAGGUCUGCUGGAAUGGGAGGUUCAAGCAGUUGAGAGCCACCACCACGUAGCAGCUGGAACCCAACCCAAGGACCAAGUCCUCUGCAAGAGCAGCAGGUGCUGCUAAUAGCUGAGCCAUCUCUCCAACCCCAGAACCUGAUGCUUUUAAUCACUGGAGUGAGUGGUCUGGGAAGAUUCUGGGUGGCUGGGCCGUGUGGUGGGAUCACCACCUAGCGGGAAGGCGGGUGCCCUACACAAAGACCCUGGGACAACCUUGGGCUCCUGGAAUUCACAAGACAUGGAGGUGUGAGUGAAAAAUGAGGCGCUCAUGGGCUCAAGUUGGCCUCUGGAAAGGAGCUAUGG